AUGUCCAGUAGUGUUUCAUCUAACAAUCCUAACUGCCAUAAAGCUACCCAUAAAACAAGACGAAAAGCCAACAAAUCAAAAUCACUUGCUUCAAAAUUACGGCUAGGAUAUGUAAAUUUCAGAGGGUUGAAGUCUAAAGAGCAUGAGCUUAGCCCCUUGCUUAGGGAACUAAAUUUGGACAUUUUUGGAGGCACUGAAACCUUCCUAAAAAACAGUAAAACACCAGUUGUAAAAGGUUACAAAUGGUUUGGUAAAAACCGUAAACUAAAAUUAAAAAAGGGCGGUGGGGGAAUCGGUUUUUUAGUUAAGAAUAAUUUCCAGGUAAUAGACGAUAAUUUAUUCCAAUCACAGGAUGAUGAUAUAGAAAGAUUAUGGAUCAAAUUAAAAGUAGGUGAAGGGCAAACAUUGAGUUUAUGUGUGGUAUAUGUUCCCCCAGAAAAUACAAACAAGGAUGGGGUUGAUGAACUGUAUCAUGAAUUAUUUAGUAAUAUUAGUAAUUUAGAAGGAUCAAAUGAUCAGUAUCUAUUGCUAGGGGAUUUUAACGGUAGAAUUGGGAAUAUUUCAGGCAAAAAAAUUACAUCAAGUACCGGUAGUGCUAAACCAUGGUUUGAUCAAGAAAUUAAAAGUGCAAUAAAUGAAAGGAAAAAAUCAAAUAAAAAACACAGAGAGUGGGUUAAAGAAAACAGCAGUUACCAUGACAAUGAAGGUAAAAUAUUAUGGAAUAAAUAUCUAGAAGAUAAAAAUAAUGUCCAAAAUCUUAUAAAACAGAAAAAAAUUGAAAACAAAGUUAAACAGUGUAUUGAGGUUGGUAAAUGUGGAGUUAUUGGAAAAAUUUAUAGUAAAAUAGUUGAAAAAGAAUUAACCGAUUUGGUGGAAUCUAAUAAUAUUUUAGGGGAAAUUCAAGGGGGUUUCAGGAAAAACAGACGGACAAUUGACCAAGUGUUCAUUCUAAAAGGGAUAGCUUCAAUUCGUAAACACCAGAAAAAGCAUACAUAUUUUGCCUUCUUAGAUUUUAAAAAGGCUUAUGACAGCAUUUGGAGAGAAGGUUUAUGGUAUGCUUUAUGGCAGAAUGGUGUAAAGGGCAAAUUAUGGCGUAUAAUAAAAAAUACAUAUAACCAUAUUGAAAGUAAAGUAUCAUUUGGCGAUAUUGAAACAGAUUAUUUUACACAGAAUGAGGGUUUAAAACAAGGAUGUGUUUUAGCCCCAACGUUAUUCUCAAUUUAUAUGAAUGAAUUAAAAAAACUGUUAGAUGAUUCACUACUUGGUGUUAAAUUGGAUGAAAUUUGUAUAAAUGGAUUGUUUUUUGCUGAUGAUGUGGUGCUUAUUGCACCAAAUGAGGUCCAACUCAAAUCCAUGUUAAAUGUCACAAACCAUUUCUGCAAGCUAUGGAAGAUGACAAUUAAUGAGGAAAAGUCAAACGUGUUGAUCAUUAACAAGAAAGUUAACAAAAACAAAGAUUGGCAGAUUGGGAACUCAAAGAUAAAAGAAGCGUCUGAGUAUAAAUAUUUGGGUUAUUGGAUUACAC